AGUUACAUUUUUAAUUUAUUCGAAGAUUUGGAAAUCCUUUCUUUAUGUUUUCAACUUCUACAUUUCAAAAUGUUUAUCAACGAUGUAAAUAAGAAAGAGGAAAUUAGAAAUAUUGCUACGAAGCAACUGCGAAAAUUAGGAAUCAGACAACGCGUGAAGUAUCCAAAACUCAAUGUACAGAAUCAAAAACUAAAAAAGCUGUUCAAAACGCCUCUUCAAAAUCUCGAAAAUGAGACAGUUACAUUAAAGAAUGGCCAGCAAUUGGUAGUGCCAAAGCGACUUUAUGAAAUGUGCUCUUACAUAUUAUCCAAAGUAGAAACCGAAGGUCUUUUUCGUAAAGAAGGUUCCAAAUCGAGACAAAAUGAAAUUAAGUUAUUGCUCGAUAGGGGAUGUAUGCUAGGAACCGAUAACCACGAAAUUGACGUAGCUGUUGUUCUCAAAUACUUUCUCAGAGAGCUACCUGAACCUUUAAUUCCUUAUUCAUUCCAUGAAUUAUUCAUAAGGAGUUCCAUAGUAGAAAAUAAAGUGGAAGCUCUGUUGUUAGCUUGCCUUUUAUUGCCAUCAGAACACUUGAAUGUUCUUGUGUUUUUAAUGCAGUUUUUUAAUGAAAUAAGCGCACAUUCAAAUUAUAACAAAAUGAAUUCCUACAACUUAUCUCUAUUAAUCGCUCCGAAUAUAUUUCCGUUAAACGAGAAAUUGGCUCCAAAAAGUAAACUGAUGGUAAAGAAAACUUGCGAGAUUGUAAAAAGCAUGAUCGAUAAUUCGAGCAGCAUUGGUAUUAUACCUGAUUAUAUUCUGGAGCAAAUUGGAAACUUGAAGCCAGGAGAAAUGGAUGUUUCCCACAGAACGAAAAGGAGACGAAGUGGAUCGUUAACAAGAAUUUUCAACGGUCUGAAAAAAAUUGUAACAAACAAAACGGAUGAUAUCACAGCAGUUAACACUGUAACCCCCGAUUUGUUACUAACACCUUCCAUAAGCAUCCCGAAGAGCAAGUUGGUCAACACUCAGCAAAGCGGAAGGAAGACAAGCCUAGUAAGAAGUUGGUCGGCUAUAACAUCGGCUACUAACUUCAAAAGAAAGAAACGAAAUUCAUUCAUCGUUUCAUCUCAAGACGACAGCAACAUCAACUUGAGUUCCUGCAAUGAGCAAGAUGUAAAUCCCAAUUCAUCUAAGGAAGAUUUCUUCGUUCGUGUGCCUAAAGUUGAAUACGAAGAAAUCAAAAACAGAGUGGAUGCCAUUGAGAAGCGACUGUCGAUUGAACUGGAAAGUGUACAAAAUCAAUCGACUGUCAUGAACAACGAGAUAGACAUCCUUGGGAUACAAAGUGCUUACGAACAAACGCUGGGACAGAAUGAACCGAUGAGUCCAGGCACCGAUCAGCUGGCUAGAAAGCUGAGCAAAGAGUUAAGGAUCAGAAAAACCGAAAAUAAAAUGAUCAGAUCUCCGAGCGCUAGAAAAAUAGGCAACAUAAGGAGGAGGUCGCGCGAAUUGAUCAGGAAUAAUACCUUUCUGCAACAUUCGAGCGAAUCGAACGGUUCCUCUCCUCUUAGCAAAAUUUCUAUGAACACCGACGUUUUGGUUACACCUUCUUUCAAAGCUACCGAUAUUACUUACAGUACAGGUGAUAAUUUAAAGCUUGAUCUCAAUCAAUCGAUGAUGAUCAAUUCGCCAGGUAAGACCUUUCCGAGGAAUUCCUGUCUUAGGAAAGAAAGACGGGUGUUGAAACGCAGCACCAACGUCACGCCUAAAAAAACUCAUCUCAAACAAAAAUACAGUCAAUUCGAGAACCGACGAAUUUCGUAUUCGAAAGAAGAGAACAAAGAAAACGAUUUGAUGAGUAUGGAAGUAGCGACUCCCGUGCCUCACAUUAAAAGACCUUUGCACGUGAAACCAACGCCCAAAAGAUUAUGCACAACACCGAGGAAUACUCCAUUGAGGGCGUUGCCCAGGGAACACCUUUAAUUAUUUUUUGAACUGUUCUUAUUUAGCGAAUAAUUUGUAGUUUUCAACAUACUGAAAUAUCGACGAAGCAAUUACUGAAUUGCUUGAGAACAUUGCUCAAUUUCUGUUAAAUAUCUUUUAUU